GCGGCUGCCGGGCCGGCUGCUGGAGGCCCCGGGCCGGGCCCGCGCCGCGAUGGCCCUGGUGACCCUGCAGCGCUCUCCCACGCCCAGCGCCGCGUCGUCCUCCGCAAGCAACAGCGAGUUGGAAGCUGGCAGCGAUGAAGACCGGAAGUUGAACCUCAGCUUGAGCGAGAGCUUUUUCAUGGUGAAAGGAGCGGCCCUCUUCCUACAGCAGGGAAACAGCCCGCAGGGCCAGCGGAGUCUUCAGCACCCUCACAAGCAUGCAGGUGACCUGCCUCAGCACCUGCAAGUGAUGAUCAACCUCCUGCGCUGUGAAGACAGAAUCAAACUGGCCGUGCGCCUAGAGAGCGUCUGGACCGACCGUGUCCGCUACAUGGUUGUGGUGUACACCAGCGGGCGCCAGGACACCGAGGAGAACAUCUUGCUGGGAGUUGACUUUUCCAGUAAGGAGAGCAAAAGCUGUACAAUCGGGAUGGUCCUUCGACUGUGGAGCGACACCAAGAUCCACCUUGAUGGGGACGGGGGGUUCAGUGUGAGCACGGCGGGCAGGAUGCACAUAUUCAAGCCAGUGUCUGUCCAGGCCAUGUGGUCUGCCUUGCAAGUGCUUCACAAGGCCUGUGAAGUGGCUCGGAGACAUAACUACUUCCCGGGGGGAGUGGCGCUCAUCUGGGCCACCUACUAUGAGAGCUGCAUCAGCUCCGAGCAGAGCUGCAUCAAUGAAUGGAACGCCAUGCAGGACCUGGAGUCCACGAGGCCCGACUCCCCCGCGCUGUUCGUGGACAAGCCGACAGAAGGGGAAAGAACUGAGCGUCUCAUUAAAGCCAAACUCCGGAGUAUCAUGAUGAGCCAGGACCUUGAGAAUGUGACUUCUAAGGAAAUCCGAAAUGAGCUGGAGAAGCAAAUGAACUGCAACCUGAAAGAGUUCAAGGAAUUCAUCGAUAACGAGAUGCUGCUCAUCUUGGGCCAGAUGGACAAGCCCUCCCUCAUCUUCGACCAUCUUUAUCUUGGCUCCGAGUGGAAUGCAUCCAAUCUGGAGGAGCUGCAGGGCUCAGGGGUCGACUACAUUUUAAAUGUCACUAGAGAAAUCGACAAUUUUUUCCCUGGCCUGUUUGCAUACCAUAACAUCCGAGUAUAUGAUGAGGAGACCACGGACCUUCUUGCCCACUGGAAUGAGGCCUAUCAGUUCAUAAACAAAGCGAAAAGGAACCAUUCCAAGUGCCUGGUCCAUUGCAAGAUGGGCGUGAGCCGGUCUGCAUCCACGGUCAUAGCAUACGCCAUGAAGGAGUUUGGCUGGCCCCUGGAGAAAGCGUUUAACUACGUGAAACAGAAGCGCAGCAUCACGCGGCCCAACGCAGGCUUUAUGAGGCAGCUGUCGGAGUAUGAAGGUAUCCUGGAUGCAAGCAAACAGCGACAUAACAAACUGUGGCGCCAGCAGCCGGCAGAUGACCCCAUAGCAGAGCCCAGUGAGUUCUUGCCAGAGACCUUGGAUGGCACCCUGGAUACUCAGCUGCCCUGUUUGGAAGAUGCCACCCACCCCGGGCUCCCGAGAAGCCUACCCUCGGGAGGACCCUCUCUCCCCUGUUGUUUCCGAAGACUCUCGGACCCCCUCCUCCUUCCCCACCGUGAUGGUGCGGGUGGCCUGGUCCACUUAGAAGACCUUGAGAGGGAUGCUCUGUUAGAGGAUGAGGCUCAGCCAGUGGAGGUGCGCAAGCUGAUCCCGAGUCCCCAGGAAGGUGACAGGCUGUGUGAAAAGGAUGUAAAGAGGAAACUGGAGUUUGGGAGCCCCAAAGCCCGCAGCGGCUCUUUGCCUCAGGUGGAGGAGCUGGAGAAGGACGGCAGCCCAAGACCGGGGAGGUGGAGGCGGGCCUCCACGCAGCUGGAGAGAGGUUUGCUUGACCAGGAAAACCUAAAUAACAACAACAGCAAGAGGAGCUGUCCCGAUGACUUUGAGCGUGAUGCGGUGUUUGGGAUCCUCAGCAAAGUGAAGCCUCCCUAUACAUCCUGUGCCGACUGCAUGUACCCGGCAGCUGGCGGGGCUCCUGAGGCCUUCAUGGAGCGGCAUGAAGACCCCAGCUCCUCUGCCAUCUGCACCCAGCCGACCUUCCUCCCCCACGUCACGUCUUCCCCAAUGGCCCACACGAGCAGCAGGUCCCGAGCUCCGGAGAGGCCAACCUCAGGUCCAGCCAACACCUCUCCAUUCCUACUACCAGCGGGCUCCAGGAAGCCAGAUGUCAGUGGUUCUGGAGCCGGGUCUGCCCCGGAACCACCAGCAAGCCUUCCAGAGCCUUCCAGAGAGACCUCGAAAGCCCUUCAGAAAUCUCUCCCGUCGAAGAAUUCCCACUGUGAUAAGAACGCAGCCAAUACGGAGGCGGCGGCAAAGGAAGAACUGUCGACCAAGAAAGAUCCGAAGCCCUCAAAGGACCUGAGGCUCCUGUUCAGUCAAGAGGGGGAGAAGCCGACCGCCAAUAGCUACCUGAUGCAACAUCAGGAGUCCAUCAUCCAGUUGCAGAAGGCAGGCCUGGUCCGAAAGCACACCAAAGAGCUGGAGAGGUUGAAGAGCCUGCCUUCAGACUCACCAUCUACCUGCCGGGACAGUGCCGCCAGCAGGUUGGAGGCCAGCAUCCCCGAGGAGGGUCAGGAGCCUGCACACCCAGCCCUAGACAGCCAAGCUGGAACUGAAGAGAAGCCUGUGGGCGGAGCCUCACAGAAGAGCCCUCCGCCUACCCUCCUCCUCCGCCUAGAUCACACCAGUAAAGACUUCUCUAAAGACUUCCUGAAGUCCGCGUGCUACACCCCCACCCCCUCCUCCAUCAGCUCCAACCUGACCCGGAGCUCCAGCAGCGACAGCAUCCACAGUGUCCGAGGGAAGCCAGGGCUGGUGAAGCAGCGGGCGCAGGAGAUCGAGACGCGGCUCCGCCUGGCCGGCCUCACCGUGUCCUCCCCACUGAAACGUUCCCAUUCCCUCGCCAAGCUGGGAAGUCUCAACUUCUCCACGGAGGACCUGUCCAGUGAGGCUGACACGUCAACCAUCGCCGACUCACAGGAUGCCAAGUGCACUCUCUCUUCCUUCUUGCCCGAACCCCAGGCCGCACCUAGGGACCCCUCUGCGACCUCCAAACCAUCAGGGAAAUCCGCCCCAGAGAACUUGAAAAGCCCAGUGAGGGUGAACAAAAGCUGACUAGCUUCCGGCUCUGCGAGGUCUUCAUAACGUCUUGAUCCGCUCUCGAGUCUUGAUUUGUGUUAACGACUUCAGCCUUCUGAGCUUUCCCCGCCUAGAACCUGUGAGGGGGGACACCCAGGGGUGGGGCCUGGGCAACCCGGGAACUGUCAGCCCGGAGUCCGGUUCAGAUGCAUACACACAGACUGGGGCUUUGUCUCCGUUGUUGGGAGUGUGUACCUGACAUGCGCCAAGCCCUCGCUUUGAUUCCCCAGCAGCCCAUAAAAACCAGACAAGGCUGCACACACCCACAUCCCAACACUGGAGGUGGAAGCAGAAGGAUUAGAAGUUCAAAGUCAUCUUCAGCUACUUGGUGAGUGUUGGGCCAGCCUGGUGGAGAGAGUGAGAGAAAAAAAAAAAACUGUGUGUACAUACAAAAUACUCAGUUUGCAACGAGUAAAGGAGCCACAGUGGUGAGGUCCCCGCUGCCCAUGUUCCUGGCUCAAUCCGGUCCUCGAGGGAGAAUCCUCCAAGGACAACACAAGGCCUACCUCUCCGCUCACUGUGCAUUUCAUUUAUAAAAUAGUAAUGACCAAGGCUCGAUCCGAGGAACAA